UGACAGACCUCUGCAGCCUCAGGACCCUGCUGCUCUGGGCUGGGAUCAUUGCUUUGGCCAGCUCUCAAGUCACCAAAAUUCCAGAUGGCACCAAACCCACCUCACCUCCAAGCACGACCACAAGUCCUGUAACAGACACGUCGGUCGCCACCUCACCUCCAAGCACGACCACAAGUCCUGUAACAGACACGUCGGUCGCCACCUCACCUCCAAGCACGGGUGCAGAUCCCGUAAUAAACCAGUCAGUCUCCUCCUCACCUCCACUCACUGUGAAUCCUCCCACGGUCACAGCACCUAAUUCCACAGCACCUAAUUCCACAGCACCUACUUCCACAAUCAAAGUCACCCCAACCAACUCCAGCUCUGCAGUUAGUUUGCCAAAUAACACCUCCUCUCAAUCAAAUUCUUCAUUUCAAGAAUCCAAUUCAACUACUAAAUCUGCAAUCACUGCUCCUCCAAUCACCUCGAAAGAGACCUCACCCACAUCCAAUACAUCCAGCAUCCAACCAGCCUCUCAGGCAAACAGCUCUCACACCCAGACCUCACCUCCAGUCACUCCGCCCAGCACCACAGUGACAGCUACGACCAAAGCCUCUCAGCCUCAAAACUGUUCUUACACCGUCACAAACAAGAACAAGUUGGGCUUGCAGAUUGAAAUAACCCCCUCUCGUAACUACAAAAUUUCUCUUACUGAAGAAGGACGACCACAGACUGGAAAGGAAAUCCAAGCUGAUCACUUAAAUCAAACCUCAGUAUGGAUAUUUGGACACCUGAAGCCGUGCACUAAUUACAGUCUUAGUGUUUCAUUUAUUAAUGAUACUGGAAAUGAAAUAUUCUGUCACUCUGCGGAAAAUAACUUUAGAACAGAUCCAAUGAGUGAAGGAGAUGUUAAAGAAGAAACCAGCUGCAUCCCUGGAUAUGUUUGUUAUGGAAGUGACUGGGACAUCAGCUCUUCAAUAUCAACACCAAAUAACCUCUCUGUUGUACAGUGUACAAAUGACAAGAAGACUUUCUGUGUCAGACCUGCUAACGAGGACAUUUGCUCAGAUUUGACUGUAACCUUUACUUCAGGAGAGUGCAGAGCUUCUUCCUUUAGCUUCACCGAAAGCAUCAGUGUUGAUUUCUUAAAUACCAGUGAAAUAAAGCAGAGUAAACCCACUGGACUUCCUGCAGAAAUAACCACAACAUUACCAGAUUUACCAAAGUGUAAAAACCUCUCAGUUAGUAACUACACCUGUUCAGAAAAACACAACCCUAAUGUUACGAUGAAACUGUCUGAGCUGGAGCCGUUCACAGACUACAACUGUACUGGUCUGAUCUUACAGAACAACACCAGCAUAAAUAAGACGACUCCAUCUGUCCACGUCAGGGUUGAUUGUGAUCUUACAAUAACCUACACAAAGAAUGAUUUAACCAGUACUUCCACUGAGUUCAGCUGGACAACAACCAGUAAGAACUGUCAACAGGAACUUCCCAACCUUCAUAAGCUUUCUUAUGACUGCAUUUGUGAUGGUCAGAAACCAGGUAAAGGCAUGAAACCAACACGACCGGAUGGAGGAAAAUGUAGCUUUAAUAACUUAAAGCCAUUCACUGAUUAUACCUGUCGAGUCCAGUUCAAAUACAAGACUUACAUGUCCAAUUCAUCUGAUGUUAAACUGAAAACUAAUCCUGGAAUACCUGAUCCUGUCAAUGGACUUCAAUUGCAUGUUCAGGAGCAUAAUAUGAUCAAAGUAGUCUGGCAAAAAUCCAAUGAUUUCAAGGGAGAGCAGAAGAAAUACAAAGUACGCAUAAAUAAAGCUGGUGAAAAACAACAGAAAACAGAAAUCUUGGUUUCAAACCAUGAGUUUGUCUUCAAAGACCUGAGCUAUUCUACGACCUACGAAGUGGAGGUGACGGCCUACAACGGAGAACAUGAGAGCAUACCCAAAACAGGAAACAUCAGCACUUUCUACAACGACAAAGCUGUGAUUGGGUUUCGUGUCUUCCUCAUCAUCCUCACGUCUGUGGCUCUGCUUUUUGUCACCUACAAGUUCUACAUUCAGAAGCUCAGAAAGUCCACAAAUGAUGUGAAUGACGACAUGGAACUUGAAGCCAUUUAUGAGAACAGACAAUCUCCUGGAUUACGUCAUAAAGAAGCUCACUGAUCAAGAAAGACAUUAUGGAGCAGCAAAGUCAGUCACCAUUAACU